GGUGGGAGGGAUAGUGUCAUCACCCCCUCCUGGUGAAGCUAUACCUGCCUUGUGGGGAUUUGCCUCAUGAACAAGUCUGGUGUGGCCACAGAUGUCUUUAAUUCCAAAAACCUGGCCGUUCAGGCACAAAAGAAAAUCUUGGGUAAAAUGGCAUCCAAAUCCAUUGCUACCACCUUAAUUGAUGACACGAGCAGCGAGGUGCUGGAUGAGCUCUACAGAGUGACCAAGGAGUACACCCAAAACAAGAAGGAGGCAGAGAAAAUCAUCAAAAACCUCAUCAAAACGGUCAUCAAGCUUGCCAUUCUUUACCGGAAUAAUCAGUUUAACCAAGAUGAGCUAGCCCUGAUGGAGAAAUUUAAGAAGAAAGUUCAUCAACUUGCUAUGACGGUGGUCAGUUUCCAUCAGGUGGAUUACACCUUUGACCGGAAUGUGUUAUCCAGGCUGUUAAAUGAAUGCAGAGAGAUGCUUCACCAAAUCAUUCAGCGUCACCUCACCGCCAAGUCACAUGGACGGGUUAAUAAUGUCUUUGAUCAUUUUUCAGAUUGUGAAUUUUUGGCUGCCUUGUAUAAUCCCUUUGGAAAUUUUAAACCCCACUUACAAAAACUUUGUGAUGGUAUCAACAAAAUGCUGGAUGAAGGGAACAUAUGAGCAUGUGAAUUAAGAUUGUGACUGAUCAUGAUUUAUUUGAAGACAGAGCACUGCUGAUUUAUGAAGGAAAAAUGAUUUUUUAAAAAAUAAUUACACAUAUUUCAGAAAGACUUUGCCUGAUUCAUUUGUCAGACAUUUAUGAUAGUGCUUUUAUGAGGCUUGUUUUAUUUGAAGAAAAACAUGUUGCCAAAAAUUCUGGUUAAAGGUUUCCUAUAGGGGUGACAGAUCAUGGGAAAGAUAUAUGGUUGAGUAAUUCCAGUGGAGAGUCAUACAAAGGAAAAUACACACGGCCCCAAAUCUUUAGACCUUUUUUUUAGGGCAGUCGUGUUGGCAGCACAUUGGAUAUUUCUAACGUGUACAAAGCUAUGUUUUUUGGUUCACUUUUAUUCCUUACUUGUGUAUAUGUAGCUCUUUUAAAAAGCCAGGAACUUUCUCUUGCUGUCACUGCUCCUUUUGAGACAAUUCCAUUUUUAAGUCUACCUUGAUUUCUUUUGUUAAAGAUUGUGUCAUUGACAUUCAAGAAUUAAGCCUGAGGCAGUCAAAUUGAACCCUCAGAAAAAUAGAAAACUGCUUAUCUGAAAUCAGUACUGUGGAAAUGAACCAUAUUAGACAUUACAAAUAAUGUCAAUAUAAGAUUAUGCUUCUGGAAUUGAGUCCUGCUUUUUAGUAUCAGUGGUGAUACUUAAAUUUCCAAAAAUGUAAUGACAUGUCAUUGCCUCCUUGAUUAGGGCUUCACUUUCAUGUUAUCUUGAAAAUGUGCUUUUGAAAUCCCUAUUUCACAUGUAAGAGUCAAAGAGAACAUCUAGAUUGGUUUUGAUAUCUGGACAAUGAAAAGUAAGCAGCAUUAAGAAAGAUAAAACUGGGCCGGCCCCCAUGGCGCACGCGGGAGAGUGCGGCGCUGGGAGCGCAGCGAUGCUCCCGCCGCGGGUUCAGAUCCUAUAUAGGAAUGGCCGGUGCACUCACUGGCUGAGUGCCGGUCAUGAAAAACACACAAAAAAAAAAAAAAGAAAGAUAAAACAAUCUUCAUUUUAGGGAUGAACCUAUCAGAAUAAUUUAGGGGGAUGACGGGCAAAAGUUAACAUGAGCAUGAAAAUAAAUGCAUUUCAAUGUUUAAGAAGGUUUGAUAAAUAAAGAA